CUAUCUAUCUAGCUAUCUAUUUAUCUGUCCAUCCGUCGGUCUAUCUAUCUAUCUAUCUAUCUAUCUAUCUAUCUAUCUAUCCAUCCAUCUGUCCAUCUAUCUAUCUAUCUAUCUAUCUAUCUAUCCAUCCAUCUGUCCAUCUAUCUAUCUAUCUAUCUAUCUAUCUAUCUAUCUAUCUAUCUAUCUAUCUAUCCAUCCCUGCCAUACAAACCUCCUGGCACAGCUUCUUGUUUAGCCUUUGGGUGCCAAAGCAAUUAGUUAUGUUAAUUGAGGGGCCACUGCCUGUGAAUGGGGACAGUCAGGAGUGGAGGCCUGGCCGCUGAGGGAAUGUGUGUGUGUGUGUGUGUGCAAGAGGGAGGCGUGACGUCACAUAAAAACAGAGGAGAGGGCAGUGUGUGUGUGGGAAAUUCUGGGCGGAGCUUGAGAGGAGCAGCAGCGACGGAGGAGGCUUGGAGGGUCAGACACUGCCGGAGCCGCAGACGCGCAAGACGCAAGCUCGCGGAGGGGAACGUCGACUUUCACCAAGGAAAACAAAGUCAAGUCAGAGAAGAACAAGAGCGACAUUACCCGGAGAAAGACGUGGAAGUCAAGAACCUUCACUGAGGGAAGCGCUCUACUUCACCACGUCUUUUUUUUUUCUAUUUAUUUUGCGCUCCAUCUGGGUGCCAUCUGGCUCUGGCCUUCCCCCGAACUGGAGAGCGCAUAUGUGGGAAUGCAAACACAUGCCUGACAUAUGAAGGCGCAGAGACACAAAAGGAGAGAAGAAGAAGAAGAAGAAACCCCAGCACCGCAGCAGCAGCAGCUGACUUUCUCACCGGUGUGGACUCUACUAGAGAGAAGACAGUAGAGAGAAGAAGAGACCUGCCAUGCCCGGUUCUCCUGUGGAUGCUAAGACUCAUUCCAGAUCAGCUCCCAGCAGCAGCACCAUCUCCACUAUGCCACCCCUCCCGUCCGUCAAUCCCAGUGGGCCUCGUCCGGCCUCCUUCUCCACCACAGCUCUAACCAACGGGAAUCAUCAUUCCCCACCCACCCUGAACGCAGUGCCAUCUCCGCCGCAGCGCUAUAGCAACGGACCGUCCUCUUCCUCUUCCUCAUCACUAGCCAACCAGCAGCUGCCGGCCACCUGCGGCGCUCGCCAGCUUAGCAAGCUGAAGCGUUUCCUGACCACGUUGCAGCAGUUUGGGAACGACAUCUCUCCCGAGAUCGGCGAUAACGUCCGAAGCCUAGUCCUGGCUCUUGUUAACUCAACCGUCACGAUUGAAGAGUUUCACUCGAGGCUUCAGGAGGCCACCAACUUUCCCCUCCGACCAUUUGUGAUUCCUUUUCUCAAGGCGAACCUCCCCCUGCUGCAGAGAGAGCUGCUCCAUUGUGCACGAGCAGCCAAGCAGACUCCAGCUCAGUACCUGUCGCAGCACGAGCAUCUCCUGCUCAGCACCACGCUGGCUUCCUCUCCAGACUCCUCGGAGCUGCUGAUGGAGCCCAGCGAUGCCGGGACCAAAAGACACAGCCCCAGCAGGGGAAAAGAGAACGGCUUUCACGAACGCCCACCUGCUGCCAUGGAGCCGGCUGCUAAACGGAUUUGUACCAUCAGCCCCGCUCCCCGCCACAGCCCGGCCCACCCGUUGUCACUCAGCGCUCAGCUUCACCCGACCCCUCCGCCCCUGCAGCACUACGCCCUGGAUGACAUCGCAUCGCCACACAUACUUCACCGAGAGCACAGUCAGCGCAUGCUCGAGAUCCGAGAGCUCAAGGACCGGCCGAGACUACCCGGCACUAAUGGCGGCUACCGCGAGGAGCCGGUGGACCACAGACUGACAGACAGAGAGUGGGCUGAUGAAUGGAGGCAUCUGGACCAUGUGUUGAACUCCAUCGUGGACAUGGUGGAAAAGACGCGGCGGUCGGUCAGCGUUCUCCGGCGCUGUCAGGAGUCGGAUCGCGAAGAGCUCAACUACUGGCGACGGCGUUCUAGCGAGCAGGAAGACCCUCGCAAAGGAGGAUCGGGCGCUGCACCUUUUUCUAAAACACACAGCCCGCACUCUGCAGAGACAGAGUCCCAGCGCGACUUUGCCCCACGUCCAGGCUCCGCGUAUGUUACGGAUGAGAUCUGGAGGAAAGCUGAGGAAGCUGUGAACGAGGUCAAGCGCCAGGCCAUGGACGAGGUCCAGAAAGCUGUAGCGGAGGCCGAGCAGAAGGCGUUUGAGAUGAUCGCCGCAGAGAGAGCGAAGAUGGAGAAGACUCUGGCGGAGGCGAAGAGGAAGGCGCAGGAAGACGCCAUCCAGGUCAUCAAUGAACAGGAGGACUCCAGCGAGUGUUGCUGGAACUGCGGCCGUAAAGCCAGCGAGACGUGCAGCGGCUGCAACGCCGCCCGCUACUGCGGCUCCUUCUGCCAGCACAAAGACUGGGAGAGACAUCACCUCAUCUGCAGCCCGGGACUCCAGGCUCAGCCCAAGCCCGCCAUCGCCUCAGCCCGGGGGGCCGCCGGCGCAGCGGCCGGGGCCUCGCCCGCCGUCGUCAAAGCCCCCGACAGCGUGGCUUCAGUGUCUAGCCCUGGUGGGGAGAAGGCUUCCGUGGCGUCCCGCUCCUCCACCCCCUCCACCCCGGCGUCGGCUCACGAAGCCAACGGACACUAAUACGAGUUUAACUCUUUGAGCGGCGAGAGGAAACUAUUUUUGUGGGUUAAGUUAGGAUAACAGCUUUCCCGUCAUAAUCUUUGGCAGAUAGGCAACGACAGAUUAUGGCCGACUGAGUGAUAUGUCAACUGGGACUCUGGCUUUGGCACAGAAUUGAAGGACGCGUCUCGAAAAGCAUCCACGGAUGAACAGAUCUCCCCAACAGAUGGAAACGUGUUCAGCUUCUUCCAAAACCCUCCAUCUUGGAUCGGCGACAAGAGGGAGCAAAAAAAAAACAAAAAAAAGAAAGAUUUUCAUUUAACGGCGUCUGCAGGAAGUUCUGAGAGGAAAAACUGAGAUUUCACGCCUGCAUCAUCACUUUGUGUAUAGAUCUGAGAUAGACAAGCGGAGGCGCAACGCUCCGGCCUCUUGUGUACGUCAAUAUUUACUCGCCAUCAGGUCAUGUGACAUGUGUAAAGAUCAUUGAGAGCAAUAUUUAAAAAUGUUCAGGUGUCUCAAGUGUUCUGCAUCACCAAAGUAUUUUGUCCAUAAAUGUUCCUGCGAACGAGAGGACGGCGUCCUCCAUGCUGGACGAGGCCACGUCCACACCGCUGCAUUUAAAUUGGGAAAAGCUCAUUUUGAAGCAUAUUUUAACUUGCAGCUUUCAUUUGCAUUUCUUUUUAAUUCAAUGGUAAAAAACCACACAUUUUUCAAACAAUUUUAAUUCAAUAUACUUUAAGGAUUCAGUCUAUUUUCCUGGUAUACUUUCAGCGCCAACAUUUUUUUGGAGAAUCCUUUUUUUGUCAUUGUUACUUUCAUUUUGAGAGUAAACUAUUGCAUCACACAAUGCAGUGUGGAUGUUGGGAUUUGGUCAGGAAAGUGACUCAUGUAACUCGGAACAGAAAUGAUAUGUUGGCCUCGGUGCUGGAUCCAAUCCGAAUCUCAGGAGCUCAAAAUAGUGUUUGUAAAGCCGCCACAGUUAUGUGUUUCCUUGUCCUCUGCUGUUUCACCCGGAGCACUGGGCCUCACACCUUUCAUUCACCCACGUCUGUCACUGCAUGUGUGCAGACCAUCACUUCUCCGCUACUCCUCCAACAACUGAAAAAAACAAAAACAACAACAACCCAGAAAGUAAAGUCCAAGUCGCCUGCCCGGAUCGUCGAGGCCCAGUGUUGCUGUCUAUUAUUGUUGUAAAAUACUUUGUAAAGAAAAAUAUGAGAGAAUGACUUUAUUUUGUGAGCCACGUUUCUGCCUCCCCUCUUUCCUCACCCCUUUUUUCUCUUCUUUUAUGAUGCAUUGCUUCAUAUGGAAAGAUAUUGUCAUGAAAAAUGAAAUAAAGAAAUAGAAAUAUUA